UAGUACAACGCCAUCUUUGUUGUUUACACUGGCAUUUAUUCAGUAAUAACCAAUGACUAACUUCAAAAUUCAACUUCGCAAUUAAAGAUAUUAGACAUAUGUUGCUUAUCCUAAUUUUGCAUAUUGUUAAGUAAUUUUAUUCUAUUCUGUGGAAACUGUAAUGUGCAUUAUGGAAACAAUGUCGGACGUAAAUGAUCGCCAUACAUUAAAACAGACUACCAAAGUGUUGUUAACGUUAAGUAACGUAUUAUUACCUAAAGAAAAGUUAACAUCUACACCUUCAAUGACAGAUGGGUUAGAUUUUGAAACUGAAGUCGACUUAAGAAUUGUUGGGUGUGAAUGGAUUCAAACCGCUGGUAUAUUACUUAAACUGCCUCAGGUUGCAAUGGCUACUGGGCAAGUAUUAUUUCAACGAUUUUACUAUACUAAAUCAUUUGUUCGCCAUCCAAUGGAAAUUACAGCCAUGGCUUGUACUUGCUUGGCUUCUAAAGUUGAAGAAUCGCCUAGACGUAUUAGAGAUGUUAUUAAUGUUUUUCAUCAUAUUCGUCAAGUUCUAAAUCAGAAAUUAAUUACACCAUUAGUACUUGAUCAGAAUUAUGUACAGAAGAAGACACAGGUAAUAAAAGCAGAACGACGUGUGCUCAAGGAGCUCGGUUUUUGUGUUCAUGUUAAACACCCUCAUAAACUCAUUGUCAUGUAUCUGCAGGCUCUUGGAUUUGAAAAACAUCAAUCACUCAUGCAGAUGUCCUGGAACUAUAUGAAUGAUUCUUUGCAAACAGAUGUAUUUGUUCAAUAUGAUCCUGAAACAAUUGCAUGUGCUUGCAUCUAUUUAUCUGCUAGAAAAUUACAAAUUCCAUUACCAAAGAACCCUGCAUGGUAUUCUCUUUUCAAGGCAACUGAGCAAGACAUCCAGGACAUCUGUCGCAAAAUACUCAAAUUAUACUUAAGACCCAAAGUUGUCACAGAAGAUUUAGAAAAAAAAGUUGAAGAAUUAAAAAAAGAGUAUGAUUUAGCUAAAGAGAAAGAAAAAGAAAAGGCUAGAGCUGCAAUGGCAGCUAUUGCACUUACUACAAUGGUUCAACCAGAAGUUGUUUUACCACCGUCGAGUAAUGGUGUAGCUAGUGCUAUUUCAGAAAAUAAUGGUUCGACCACACCAAAUAACAAAAAACAAGUAACAAAAAGAAGUAGAAGUCGAACACCUUCAAAGUCUAAAUCGAGAAGUAGAAGUCCAAGGAAUUCUAAAAAAACCAAAAAAAGAAAUCAUGAUCGAUCUCGGUCCAAAUCAAUAUCAGAAAGACGUUCUAAAAAUCAGAAAAAAUCUCAAAAGAACCGAAAACAUUACAGUAGUUCCUCAUCGCCAUCAUCAAGUUCCUCUGGAGGAUACCGGCGUCAUAAGUCUUCAAAUAACAAAUUAGUACCCACUUAUCGUGAUUAUAAAGAUUAUAAAGAAUAUAGGGAUUAUCGAGGUGAUGAAAACUAUAAAUCAAAAUCUAGAAGUUACAACUAUUGGAAAAAAUAUUACAGUCAUGAAUAAUUUUAUCUUUUUUUAUUUAUGUAUAGUACAAUAAUAUAAACUCAAGUUUAUUUUGUUGUGUAAAAAUAUUCAGCUUUGUACAUAUUU